AUGAGGCGGUUGGAGUUGGACAGGUCGCGGUGGACCACCCCUCCCUUCUACGCGUUUGUGAUCCUCGUCAUUGCUUGUGGCAGUAUCCCUAAAGGCUACGAUGAAGGUGGAUACAGCGCCUCUGUGCGCUUGGACUCCUUUAAAACCGACUUCAACCUCCUCGAAUCGAACUGGACGAACGACGAGACUGGAUUAGCGAACCGCACGGCGAAUAUAACAUCCUUCAAUGUCUUGGGCGCGGCACUGGGUGCUUUGAUAUCUCUGGACUUGAAUGACCGGCUGGGUAGACUGCGGUCAUGGCGAUUGGCCUGUGUAGUAUGGAUGUCGGGCACCUUCAUCCAGGUGUUUGCCUCCGGAAUCUAUGGCCUGUUGCUGUUUGCUAGGAUUUGGGCUGGACUCGGCGCUGGGGCGUUGACCGUCGCGACGCCACUAUACUUGUCUGAGAUCGCGCCCACGCGUACGCGAGGCCUGAUUGUCAGUAUCUAUAUGGUUGUCCUGCUGACAGUGCUAGCUCUUGGUUUCUUCAUCAACUACGGCGCAAAAGUUCACAUGUCUCCAACACGGAUCCAGUACCGCCUGGUGCAAUCUAUCCCUCUAAUACCUGUCGGAAUCGCCUUCGGCGCCUCGUUCGUAAUUCCCGAGACCCCCCGCUACCUCAUUUCGCAAUAUCGCCUUGAUCAAGGACGUAAUGUCCUCGCCCGCCUUCGCGGAACGGACAUAUCCUCCCCCGAAAUUGAGGAUGAGUUCAACCUCAUAACCACCCAAACACGCCUCAGAGCCGACACUCUUUCCUCCGCCUCCAACUGGACAGCUCUCAAAGAAACUCAAACGAACCCCAACUACCGCCAACGUUUCUGGCUCCUAAUCGCCAUGCAGACGAUCUCUCAAUGGACCGGCGGCAACGGUAUCACAUACUACGUUUCCACCAUCUUCGAGUCCGCCGGCGUCACAGGAAACGCCACAUCCCUCAUCUCCUCAGGCGCCUAUGGAAUCGUCAAGCUUGUCUUCACCAUGGCCUUUACAUGGGGUUUAAUCGACUACAUAGGCCGUCGUCGUUGCGCUCUCCUUGGCUUGACACUUCAAUUGGCAGCUCAUGUCUACUUAGCCUGUUACAUGGGCGUCCUCCGUCCAGUCGAUGAUUCGAAGCCCAUAAACGAACCCGCGUCCAACGCAGCCAUUGCAUCUAUUUUUAUCUACGCCGUCGGCUGGUCCGUCGGCCUUUGCACAAUCCCUUACCUCUACGGGACAGAAAUUUUCCCCACGCGCAUUCGCAAUGUCAGUUACGCCGUGAGCAUGUCACUGCACUGGUUCUUCCAGUUUGCUGUUGUGCGCGUGACGCCAAACAUGUUUGUCUCGCUGCAUGACUGGGGCGCGUACCUGUUUUGGGCCAUCAUCUGCUUCGUUGGUCUAAUUGUUCUUGGCAUCUGGAUGCCAGAGACUAAGGGGGUUGAUAUUGAGCGGAUGGGAGAGCUCUUCGAGGGACCGUGGUAUCUCAGGUGGCGAGCUCGAGUUCAGCCUAAAGAGGGUGAGCGGGUUGGUCCUUAA